CUGACCAACCUCACCCUUAGUCAUUAAAAUAGCAAAUUGGAGAAUUAAUCUUUCACAACUGUCAAAGGGUAACUCCUCCCCAACCCAAUUAAAGCCUUUAAUACAAGUAGCAUGGGACAGCACCCCAGCCCCGCUGCAGAACUGCAUCGCUCUUGAACUUGAUCUGCAACAGCAUGAGAACUCUCCAGGAAAAAAUCGUUCUCUUAGUUCUUCUGUCUCUAAUCUGCGCGCUUCAGGUCAAUUCACUGCCUGUACCUGAAGACUGGAAUGGUUUGAUCCAGCGGACCAAACGCUCUCUCCUGUGGCGUUGGAACAGCAUGAAGCCCGUGGGUGCCAGCUGCAGGGAUCAUGAAGAGUGUGGCACAAAAUACUGCAGGAAAAAUAUAUGUUCCUUCUGGAACUGAAGAGGAUGCACACACAAAACUCCCAGGGUGACAAACAAACAUCUGCCUUAUGGACCAAAGUGACCUGUUUCAAAAUGAACCCUGUAUGAAAUUACUGCUGGCACUUUAUCGGACUUGUAUCUGUGCAUUCAGUUAAAGUAAUCUGAUCUGGCACUGCAGUAAACCGAGCUGUAAGUGCUGCAUUUACAUCUAGAGCAACAUUGAUUUCUAUAAUUGAAUUGUUUGUCUAAAACACAUGCAGGACAUCAGACAGGCUGUAUAACAUGUUUUUAAAAGAAAAUAUAAAUACUCAUGCAAAGU